AUGAGAACUUUCGAAUCGAUUUUCGGACAGGUCUAUUAUGGCUUCAGCAACCUCGCAGCCAACGAAGCAGCACAAACAUGGGCUCUAUUACAAGCGCUCACUAAUCUCAACAACGUGAAUAUCCAAUUCUUCUGUGACGAUCCUUGGCUAAAGGACACUGAUCCCGACGGCGACGUUUUGACAUCGUCGGGACAUUGGUAUUGGGAUGGACGACCUGUCGGCUCAACUGAUGGCUGGGUUGAUCUGUCCACCACUAAUGCUUGCCGCAACAACGCGAAUCUGGCUGGCUUUACUUACCCGAAUUUGAACGGAUAUGAUGUUGUAACGAUGUGUCAGCGGAGGAUGUCCGGAUGGGUAGACUCCUGGAAUUCGGGCAUCACGCUUACGAGUUUGAGGCUCCAGGGUGCUCAGCCGACAAGUUUCUACUCGCUGGACGACUACCGGCCAUUGAUUUCCGUCACAUUGUUGCAUGAGUUGACACAUUGUGCAGGUAUAUUCACAUCGUCCUACGGGUUUUUCAAGGACUCGCAGUGUGACAUGGGAGGCACUUCGUUAACAGCGUAUGGUUGGAACUGUAUUUCAAAGAUGGGGCAAGAUUCAUCCUCUGAAGCGGCACUGAACAAUGCUGGUAGGCUCUAUUACCUCUCUCCUGCAUCUGCGUGA